CAGGUAUAAGUAUGGGCCUGAUUCCAGCUCAUUUCUCUUCUCAUCAUUACAACAGCUUCUCAAACAAGCACAACAGCUUUUACAAUCCUUCCUAGCUUCUCAAACUCCCAGCAACACUCUCACAAUGAGAUUCUCCACUGCCUUCGCCUUGUCCACUGUGGCCUUCACCGCCAUGGCUGCCCCUGUUCCUCAGGAUUCUGCAGUCGCCGCUCCUGGACUUCUCCAAGAUCUCUCGCCUGAAGUGGUUGCGCUUCUCACGGCUCUCGGUCUCGGUGGCCUUGCACCUCCUGUCGGUGGCAUCGUCAGCACCCUUGGAGUCGAUGUCAAGAAGCGCCAGAGUCUUCUCCAGGACCUUUCCCCAGAGGUUGUUGAUCUUCUCAAUCGCCUUGGUUUGAGCGGCCUUUCAGCUCCUGUUGGAGGCAUCGUCACUACACUUGGCCAGGACGUCAAGAAGCGUCAGGCCCCCGGACUCCUCGAGGACCUGUCGCCUGAGGUCGUUGCUCUCCUUAC